AUGACUAAGAAAUUAAGAAAAUUAGAGAAAGUGGUGUUGUAUAAGAGCAAUAGUUGGAGUAUUGAUGAUGUGGUGAAAAAUAAGAAAAAGAAUAACAACAUCAAUACUAAUAGGAUUUUGAUAUCGAUCAAUAUCUUCGGUAGUUCGGGACCAUUAACAAUAGUGGUUAAUGAAGAUGAUGUUGUUUGUGAUGUUAUUGUCAAAGCUCUCAAAUUUUAUGCACGUCAAGAUAGAUUACCUACUUUAAAAUCUGAUGCAUCUGAUUAUGUUUUACAAUGCUCAAAUGAUGUCUCUGAUGCUCUAGGUCCAUCUGAACCCAUAGGAAGUUUUAGGACAAGAAAGUUUGUGCUAUAUGAGAAUCAAUCAUCAUCUACAAAGACAGAAGAAGCAGAAUCAAAGGGAAGAAACGGUAGAUGGAAAUCAUUUAGUUUUAAAAAAUUCCGUUUCGCACUGCAUUAUGCAGCUAUUGGUCGUGGUGGUGGCAGAGAUUAA